AUGAAGCCUGGAGGAGUGAAGCUGAAGCUGAAGCUGAGUUUUGAUCUUCAUCUUCGCCCAUCUUCGCCCAUCUUCGCCUCCGAAGAAGCCAUCUCCGGUGAUGAAGAAGAAGAACAAGCAAGACGCCGACCGCUCAACGUCAAGCCAACUGAAGCAGAUAGCCAGUCAGUCAGUCAGUUAUUAUCAAGAGAAGAAGAGAAGAAGAAGAGAAGAAGAGCUCGUCUUUAUAUCUCAGUCGACCGAGGACCUUCCACUCAACAGUCGAGUCAACAGUCAACAGCCAAAUAUCAAUCACAGUAUUCACUAACAUCAAUCACUAACAUCAAUCACUUCUACGGAGUACAUCUACUCACUAUGCAAUGCCACACCUGUCGCAAGAGACGAGUGCGCUGCGACGGCGCCCUCCCUGCGUGCCAAAAGUGCCGGGACCGCGGGCUCGACUGCCUGGGCUACGGCAAGCAGAAGCCCCUGGUCUGGCUCGCGGGCGGCGGACACCAGAACGCCUUUCUCGACGACCGCCAGAAGGCCAGGAAGAAGGGCCGGCCGCGUCUCGUAGUCGACAGUCCUGGUUCUUCUAGGGACGCCAAAGAUAAAGGUGUCAAAGAUGCUUCUACAGCCGUCGUGGUGGCUCCAAGGGCCGUCCCAGAGUCGAUGAUGUUCUCCUACCCGGCGGAGAUUCAGAAGGUCGUCCGCACCAUCUGGUACUACGAGCAUGAGCUGGUGCCUGAUCUCGAUCCCAUCAACCACGUCGACGUCAAGGCCGCCGAGGACCCGACCGCCUGGCAGGACGACCUCGCCUCCAUCCUCUGGCACGUCCUCAUCUGCGCCGUCGACACCCACAAGGCCAUCCGCUCGCAGCCUGACUCGAUGGACUCAGGAGUGGAAGUCCAGGUCGGCCGCGAGGUCUACCGCUCCAAGUCCCACACGCUCAGGCGCAUCAGCAGGAACAUCGCCGACCCAGAGACCCGCAUCUCAGACGUCACUCUCGUGGGCGUCCUGACUCUCUUCAUGGCCGAGACACAACUGUCGGCUGUUGGGUCAUGGCAGACGCAUUUCCAGGGAGCAUGUCAUAUCAUUCGCAUGCGUGGAGGAGUCAGGACCAUUGCCAGACACAGCGCCGGCCUGAACUCCCUACUCACCUUCUUCAUGAUUGCCGACGUGAUGAGCUAUACCACUAUAUCCUCGUCUCUCCCCAUGCUCGAUGCAAGGCGGCAGCUCGAGUACACAGACAUCAUACAGGAGGUCUACCAGGACGGCUCGGGGACAUGCAUCCCUUGUCCCAACCAGCUCUUCGACGCCAUCAUCCGCAUCAACCACCUCAGAGCCCUGGCUGAAUCGUACUCUAAUUCAACCAUCAUAGAACUACAAGACCUGGACCGAGAAGACGCAUCUCCAUCAAGUUCUAGCACCUCCACCACCACCUCCAGCUCAACUUCCACUCUCAAAACCUCCAUUCAUGCAUUGCUACAAGAUAUCCUCUCCUUCCCCAUUGCUUCAUGGGCAGAUACCAUGCAUCAGCAGACAGUCACUCAACAACAAGCCUCUUCAUGCAGCAGGUUAGACCCCAAAAAGGCCUUCCUGCGUCCAGACAGGCCGGACUGGGUGCGCAUAGCAAGCAUCUACCAUGCCGCCACAGCCAUCUACUGCGUCAGAAGCCUCGGCCAUCUCCUCGACCAGGACCAACUACUCCACGUCUCGUUCUCUGCUUCCACCUCUACUCCCACAGCUUCAUACGUGUCCGUGUCUGACAUCCUCCUCGUGGCCAGGAAGAUUCUGCUGGAGACACUGCGGGAAGUCCUGCUUACUGUUUCCGAUCCCCGCAAGUCCUUUGUCAAAGUCAUGCUCUGGCCCAUGUUCGUUGCUGGAGUCGAGGCUGCGGUAGACUCCCGGCCUGAGACAGUGCAGUUUAGAUCACUGCUGGAGUCAGUCCUGCGCCGGCUGUGUCGCUCCCUCGGCACCCUGAGCAUCUGUGGCCUGCGCAACUUUCUUCUAUCUCUCUGGGAACAUGCUCGGCUUCACCCGCAUCUCUGGUCGUGGAGCGAGCUCAUGGCCCUCUCUCCCGGUCGAAGCGUCUUCUUCAUGUAG